GCUCCUGUCUGAAGGCUCCAGCUUCUCUUCCCCAGGUGCCCGUCUAAUGGGGAGAUGGCUGACGCCCAGAACAAUUCGCUGGACAGCCCGGGCAGUGUGGGGACUGUGGCGGUGCCUGUGGUCUUCGCCCUCAUCUUCCUGCUGGGCACAGUGGGCAACGGGCUGGUGCUGGCCGUGCUGCUGCAGCCUGGUGUGAGUGCCUGGCAGGAGCCGGGCAGCACCACAGACCUGUUCAUCCUCAACCUGGCGGUGGCCGACCUCUGCUUCAUCCUGUGCUGCGUGCCCUUCCAGGCCGCCAUCUACACGCUGGACGCCUGGCUCUUCGGGGCCCUGGUUUGCAAGGCCGUGCACCUGCUCAUCUACCUCACCAUGUACGCCAGCAGCUUCACGCUGGCGGCGGUCUCAGUGGACAGGUACCUGGCCGUGCGGCACCCGCUGCGCUCGCGGGCCCUGCGCACGCCCCGCCACGCGCGCGCCGCCGUGGGCCUGGUCUGGCUGCUGGCGGCGCUCUUCUCCGCGCCCUACCUCAGCUACUACGGCACCGUGCGCUACGGCGCGCUCGAGCUCUGCGUGCCCGCCUGGGAGGACGCGCGCCGGCGCGCCCUGGACGUGGCCACCUUCGCCGCCGGCUACCUGCUGCCCGUGGCCGUGGUGAGCCUGGCCUACGCGCGCACGCUGCGCUUCCUGUGGGCCGCCGUGGGCCCCGCGGGCGCGGCGGCGGCCGAGGCCCGGCGCAGAGCCACGGGCCGCGCGGGGCGGGCCAUGCUGGCGGUGGCCGCGCUCUACGCGCUGUGCUGGGGCCCGCACCACGCGCUCAUCCUCUGCUUCUGGUUCGGCCGCUUCGCCUUCAGCCCGGCCACCUACGCCUGCCGCCUGGCCUCGCACUGCCUCGCCUACGCCAACUCCUGCCUCAACCCGCUGGUCUACGCGCUCGCCUCGCGCCACUUCCGCGCGCGCCUCCGCCGCCUGUGGCCCUGCGGCCGGCCCCGCCGCGCGCGCUGCGCCCCGGGCGCCCGCCGCGCCCUCCGCCGCGUGCGCCCCGCGCCCCUGGGCCCCGCGCCCCUGGGCCCGGCCGGCUGCCCCGGGGACGUGCGGCCGCGCGCCCGGCCGCCGGCGGGGGGCGGCUGGGCCCGGGGGCCCCGCGGGGAGCCCGCCGCGGGCGCGGAGGCUGGAGGGGCCCGGUGCGCCCCAGCUGGGGAAUAA